AUGACGGACAGGGAAUCAUAUUGCCUUCUCGAGGUAGUUAUGGAUGAAUUUCAAUUGAUGGAACAUAAAUGUUCUAUAGUUAGAGCAUCAGAGGACAUCGAGGCUUCAAUAGAUAGCACUAAUCGCAAAGAAACAAAAAGCCUUUUUGUGAGAAGCAAUAUUAGUCUUAUUCACAAGAUGUUAGAUUUUGAUCCAGAGGUAUCAGAGGACGACAUGGGUAGUGCUUCAUUUGCCUCCAAGCGUGAUGUUGGUGUCAUCCAAAACAUUGACAUUGGAUUGAGUUUAAACAAAUUGUCACUGAAUGAAUCUCAGACCAAUGCCAUACUGAGUUGCUUACCAUCUAGUGAAUGUCGCGAUGAUCAUCCAUCCAUAAGCCUUAUUUGGGGGCCUCCUGGUACUGGAAAGACCAAAACAAUCAGUGGUUUAGUGUGGUUAUUAGAUCGACUGAGAUGUAGAACACUUAUUUGCGCGACUACCAAUAAUGCUGUAAAACAAGUUGCGUCGCGCUUCUUCAAGCUACUGAAAGAAAACUCUGGGACCAGACCGUUCCGCUUGGGAGAUGUGGUUUUGUUUGGCAAUGAAGAAAGGAUGAGAAUUGGUGUUGAUCUGCAAGAUGUGUUUCUCAAAUACCGAGCAGAAAUGUUAAAAGGGUGCUUUGGAUUAGAAACUGGGUGGAAAUAUUGCCUUAGAUCAUUACUAAAUUUCUUUGAACAUGCUACAUUUUGGUACAAAAAUUAUUUGGAUGAAAAGAGAAUUGAGGAUGAGAAGGCCAAGAAUUUAAAUGAUAUAAAGGAUAGCAAAGGAGUUCGAAGAAUUACAAAUUCUGUGAAUCCAUCAAGUAAGAGUGAGGUGACUUUUCUAUCAUUUGUUAGGCAAAAAUUUGCAUCUCUUUUAAAGAAAUCCGGAGAGUGUUUCAAUAGCUUGUGUGUUCAUAUGCCAGCAGCUGCUUUAUCGAAUUUUUGCUGUAAACACAUAAAGGAUCUUCUUCGUUCGCUCAAAUGCUUUAACACUUUUCUCUCAAAGGAAGAUGCAGGUUAUAAUCUUGAGAAAGUAUUUGGAUCCAGUCUGUCUUUAUCUCAAAAUAACAAUUUUUUUGGUAGCAACACCAAUACCUUUAUCAUGCUACUUAAGAUGAAAAGACAUUGUUGUGAUGAAAUAAAAUUACUCAAGCGGUCGUUACAUCUACCAUCACUCUCUAACACGCUUAGCAUCAUGGAUUUCUGCUUGGAAACGGCCAACAUCGUUUUCUGUACAGCAUCAACGUCCGCCAAGAUGCACAAAUUGGAUUUAAAGAAACCAUUUAAGAUUGUUAUUAUUGAUGAAGCUGCACAGAUAAAAGAAUGUGAAUCAUUAAUUCCCCUGCAGAUCUCUUCUAUAAACAAUGUUGUUCUUGUUGGUGAUGAAUGUCAAUUGCCUGCUCUUGUCAAAAGCAAGGUCUCAGAAAAUGCGAUGUUUGGUAGGAGUCUAUUUGAAAGGUUGAGUAAAUUAGGAUUCAAGAAACACCUUCUGAAUGUGCAGUAUCGCAUGCAUCCAUCUAUUAGCUUGUUUCCUCUUGAAAGAUUCUAUAACUCCAAAGUAAUCAAUGGACCAAAUGUCAUUAAGGAGGACUACACGAGAAGAUUUCUUCCUGGAGAGAUGUUUGGAUCCUAUUCUUUCAUAAAUAUUGUAGAUGGAACCGAGAGUUUUGACAGCCUUAGUCACAGUAAGAAAAAUGACAUGGAAGUUGUCGUUAUCUUGCAAAUUCUUAGAAGCCUUCGUACAGCAACCAUCAAAAGUAAGAACAGAAUUAGUGUCGGUGUUAUCUGUCCUUACUCUGCACAAGUUGCUUCUCUUGAGGAUAAGGUAAGGAAAAUGCUUCCGUUGCACUCGAAUGUGUCUGUUAAAGUUAGCACAGUUGAUGGGUUUCAAGGUAGUGAGGAAGAUGUUAUCAUACUCAGCACAGUGAGAUCGAAUGCUGAUGGUUCAAUUGGGUUCGUUUCUAAUCCUAAUCGCACAAAUGUUGCACUGACCAGAGCAAGAUAUUGCCUUUGGAUAUUGGGUAAUGAGCCUACAUUAAGUAGUAGUCGAUCAAUAUGGGCAAAUAUAGUACAAGAUGCAAAGGUUCGUUGCUGCAUUUUUAAUGCUACUGAGGAUGAGAGAAUUGCUAAAGCAAUCGAUAGGGCAUGUUGUUCCCAAAGUGAUACAGAUUCCCUUAACUUCAAUCGCCUAAACAUUAGUGAAAGUCCAAAGAAGGGUAAACAUAUGAUUUCGAACUCUACUCAUUAUGGAAAUGCAUCGAAAUAUUCUGAAGCUUCUAAAGGCAAAAUGCCUCUCUCAAGGCACCCGAAUUUAAAUAGUUCAUGCAAAAAAGUUAAAUACAAAGGGUCAAUCCAUAGAUCUGCUAAAGCAAUCUAUUGGCGCAAAUUGCAUCUUGCGGCUGGAGAAUGCAAAGAUGAUGGUCUAAGAAUCCAAGCAUCUGGAGUAAAAUUGAUUGAAUAUAAGAAGUCGAUCCAGAGAUUUGCAGAAAUUAUCUGUGAGCCUACGGAUCAGGAAUCUGAAGAUGAUAGCGCUAAAAUUGAUACUGGAGAAUUGAAAACAAUAGAAUAUACAGAGUCGAUACAAAGAUCUUCAGAAGCUGUGCAAAUCUACCAGCCUACAGAUCAGGAAUCUGGAGAUGACAUUGUUAAAAUUGAUAUUGAAGAACUUAAAAUGAUCGAAUACAAAGAGUCGAUCCAGAAAUCUGCAGAAGCUGUGCAGAUCUAUCAGCCUACAAAUCAAGAAUCUGGAGAUGACAUUGUUAAAAUUAGUACUGAAGAGCUGAAAAAGAUGCUGCAUGAAUUGAAUGAUGAUGAUGAUGGGAACCCUCCCGAUUCGUAGAUUUCCCAACUGCUCGACUUCUUGCGGGAACAAAUCAGUCAUAAGG